UGUAGCUGCGGCGGCGGCGGCACUACUACCGCUGCAGUCGCUCGCUGCGUACACACAUCAUCCCAAGCUCCGUUCAAUUCAAGUUUCCAACCAUGGCUGACAAAGAUGAAGCUGAAAAGACUAUCGCCGAGGAAUCGGUCGUCGUCAAGUACAAAUUGGCCGGCGAUAUCGUGAACCGAGCCUUGGCCCUUGUUCUUGGACAAUGCGUCGCCGGGGCAAACGUACGAGAAAUCUGCCAGGCAGGUGACCAGUUCAUCAUAGAUGAGACCAGCAAGGCUGCCAAGAAAGAGAAAGAUAUCAAGAAGGGAGUUGCAUUCCCAACUUCCCUUUCUAUCAAUAAUUGUAUAUGUCACUUCUCACCUACUCCAAAAGACCCUGAUGUUUUACUCAAAGAAGGAGAUGUGGUCAAAGUGGAUAUUGGAGCCCACAUAGAUGGUUUUAUUGCUGUUGUUGCACACACCAUUACUGUUGGUCUAGUAUCUGGCCUCAAGGCCUCCGGAAGGCAAGCUGAUGUUAUCCUUGCUGCCCAUUAUGCAUCUGAAGUAGCAUUGCGACUUCUGCGGCCUGGCAAUGAGACCUACACUAUUACUCAAGCUGUCCAGAAAGUCUGUGAAGACUUCAAAUGCAAACCAGUUGAGGGAAUGCUGAGUCAUCAGCUGAAACAGUUCAGAAUUGAUGGUGAAAAAACUGUUAUUCAGAACCCAAAUGAGGCACAAAAGAAAGAACAUGAGAAAUUUACUCUUGAAGUUCACGAAGUUUAUGCUAUGGAUGUGCUUGUCAGCACAGGAGAGGGUGUGGGCAGAGAGGCCAAUUCAAGGGUAACAAUCUAUAAGAAGACAGAUGAGUCAUAUCAACUCAAGAUGAAGGCUUCUCGUGCAUUCUAUAGUGAUGUUAUUCAUAAACAUGGAACCAUGCCCUUUAAUCUCCGCUAUUUUGAAGAUGAAACCAAGGCAAAGCUUGGAGCUGUUGAAUGUGUCAAUCACAAACUAAUUGAACCGUUCCAAGUUUUGUAUGACAGGCCAGGUCAAUAUGUGGCUCAAUUCAAGUUCACAGUUCUUCUGAUGCCAUCUGGCACCAUAAAAAUCACGGGUCUUCCCUUGGAUACUGACUUAUAUUCUUCUGAAUAUCAAGUAACUGACCCUGAAUUACAGGAACUUUUACUGCAGUCAACGAACCCCAAAAUUGCCAGGAAGAAGAAUAAGAAGAAAUCCAAGCAGAUGCAACAGGAAGCAUUGCAACAACAGCAAGCUCAAGAUGAACCUAUGGAUGUCGAUGGUUAAUUUUGACAGUUUUUACAAGUGCUGGGAUGAACUGAUACUUUAAUAAAAUUCAUGUUCACAAUUGUCA